ACGCGACGGUCAGGUAACUCUGGAAGCCUAAAGAGAAAACAAGGGCGACAACUGUGAAUCUACCCUUAACAAGAAACCGUAUUUUGAUUCUCACUUGGACCAUCGAUACCUAAUUGCGUUUUUAGUUCAGACUAAUUUUUUAAUUUACUAUGUCUUGCACAUCGAAGAUAAUAUUUAGCACAAUGUUGCGCUUUUCAGCGACUAACCUCUCCCGCAGGGCGUCCGUAAUACCUCGGAUGUAUUCAGAUUCAGCUUCAGACAAGAGUUGUGUUGGUUUUGUUGGUCUUGGCAAUAUGGGAGCACAUAUGGCUCGUAACCUUAUAAAGAAGGGACAUUCUCUUGUGGUAUAUGAUCUCUCAGAAUCGGCCUGUAAUUCUUUGAAGGAAGCUGGUGCCAAAAUAGCCAGCUGUCCUGCAGCAGUAGCAGAAUCAUCACAGAAAAUUGUCACAAUGUUACCCAGCAGCCCUCAUGUGAGAGCUGUGUAUUGCGAACCUGAUGGAAUUUACAGUAAAUUUCAAAAAGGAACUUUGUUAAUGGACAGCAGCACCAUCGACCCAGCUGUGUCUCAGGAGAUGGCUGAAAAAGCGGAACAAUUGGGUGGAGUGAUGGUCGACUCCCCAGUCUCUGGAGGUAUUCUUGCUGCCAGAGACGGUCUCCUAACAUUUAUGGUUGGUGGAACUGAAAGCGGUUUUGCUGAGUCCAAAAAAAUACUUGACCUCAUGGGAAAGAAUGUUAUCCAUUGUGGUCCAAAUGGCACUGGACAGGCUGCCAAAAUCUGUAACAAUAUGCUGUUGGCUAUUUCCAUGAUUGGAACAUCGGAGGCCAUGAAUUUAGGGAUCAAACUUGGAUUGGAUGCAAAAAUGCUGGCUAGCAUCUUGAACGUGAGUUCUGGCCGCUGUUGGUCAAGCGAGAUGUACAACCCUGUACCAGGGGUUAAAGAAGGUGUCCCCUCCAGCAAUAACUAUAAUGGCGGGUUCGGAGCAGCAUUAAUGGUUAAGGAUCUUGGUCUGGCACAGAAUGCCGCUAGCGAAACUAAAUCCCCAACACCACUUGGUGGAAUGGCCUUGCAUUUGUACAGAAUUAUGUGUAACAAUGGCUUUUCUGAAAAGGAUUUUUCAUCUGUCUAUAAGUUCCUGCUAACAAUGGAAUCCAACUAAAUACACCAUUACCAAUAGUGUCAGAAACAGCAACUGCACCAUCAGGAAUAGCAAAACUACCCCUGCCCACUAAUACCACCAGACUGACACCAUCAACAACACUAAUGCCAGCCACUCCAACAACACCACCAGCUCAAUUGUCAGGAAUAGCAGCACCCAUCCUCACCACCAACACCUCCACUACCGACAAUAUCGUUGUCACUAACAACAUGAACACCACCACCAAUAUGAUGAGGAAACCUCUUUGUGAUUGUUCCAACAGCUAGAAAUAGCAAUCAAAUCUCCACACAUUGUCUGAAAUAAGGAUACAAUGAUCAUGACAGGAAUUCUUUUGGUCAUAUCUUCUCAGUCAGGGCUGACCUACUGCUUUACUACUACUACUACUACAACAACAGCACCAAAAGCCACUACCUACAACACUAAUGCAUCUAUUGCCUUGUUAUUUUGGUUGUUAGUAUUAAUUCCACAAAGGUUUUUUCCUUUUUUCAUCCUUUCGAGGUUGAUAAAAUCAGUACCAGUUGAGUUCUGAAGUUGAUCUAAUCAACUUGGCCCCUUCCCUGAAAUUGCUGGCCUUGUGUCAAAAUUUGAUGCCAAUAUUAAUCCCCAUUUAAGGCAGCAAGCUAGCAGAAUUGUUAGCACACCAGGCAAAAUGUUCACUGGUCUUUCGUCUGUCUUUACAUUCUGAGUUCAAAUUCUGCCAAGAUUGACUUUGCCUUUUAUCCUUUCGGGAUUGAUAAAAUAAAGUACCAGUUGAAUACUGAGAUUAAUGUAAUCAGUUUACCCACUUCCCCGAAAUUGCUGGCUUUGUGCCAAAAUUUGAAACCGUUAUUUUUAUCAUUAUUAGGAUGGCAAGUUGACAGAAUCAUUAACACUUUGGAAGUUAAGCAGAUUUAAGAAUGAUGUGAAACAUUUGUGGUAACUCCUGUGGUAUUCUCAUGAUUAGCCAUGAGAAAAGAAAAAUAUAACUGAUAAAAAUUAAAACUGAAAUAAAAAAAAAAGAAAGAAAAAUUUUUUAAGCCACUUUUGAUGUUCGGUUUGGAAAGAUUAAUUUCUUUAACAGAAGGGGACUCACAUUCUUAUAACUAUUUUUUUUUUCCAUUUUCUUUUCUUUUCUGUUUUACCUAGGACAUUUUGUAUUUUAAUUUUGGAAAAGAAUCUCAGAAAAUUAAUUUUGAAAAAAAUUGUAAAAUAUCAAAACUUUUCUUUUUCUCGUUUUAUGAAUUUAACAUCAUGUGUAGCAGAAAUUGGGGGGAAGGAUUUAUGUGUAAAAAAAAAUUAUAACAAAUUUCUAAAAAUACUCAUUUUAUAAUUUUUGAAAAAUUGUUGUGUGAAAUGAAAUAAAAGCAAGCUAUAUACAGAAAUA